AUGUAUGACUUAAAUAAUAAACUAAACGAAUUACAUCAAAUUGUUAUUGGUUGGAAUAGAUCUUCACCUUUAUUAAACAGUAAUACUCUAGUACAACUUGAAUCAAUUUCUUUAUUGCUAAACGAUAUUUAUAAUGCUAUUAAACCAUUGAAUAUUCAACUCUCUGAUAUAAUGAAUAGUUAUAAAUGUUUGGGUGUAUUCUUAACAAAUCUAUCUACAUUACCCUUUACCUCUAUUGGUUCACUGUCUAUUGAAUCUAAAAAUGACAAACAACAUCUUAUUUCUAAACAAACAUUAGAUAUUUUAUUGGUACUACUUUAUAAAACGUUUGAACAAUCAACAGACAAUAACAAAGAUGAAGUCAUAUCUGUUUGUAAUAACGUUAGAGUAUGGAUAGUAAUGCUAUUACAAUUUAGAAUCUAUCAGAAUCAAAAAAAGCUAUGGGUGAAGACAGAGAAUCAACCAAAUGGAGACCGAGACCCUCAAGUCGAAUCAAUGUAUCAGUUCAUGAAUGAUUUAGAGGAGUUCAACCAACAACUGAAACAUCAACACAAUCAACUAUCAAACUAUACCAACACUAGUCAUAGUGAUAUCAAUGAUCUUAUUAGAAAGAUAAACUUAAUAGAGAUAUCAAAUAGCAAUAACAAUAACAAUGAUGAAGAUCAACAUAUAACCAUCCAGUUGUCAUUACUUAAUCUAUUCCUAUCACAACGUCAGACUAUCAAUACAUUGCAAGUCGAUGGCCUAUCAAUCAUUAAUCUCUAUCUCUCAAAGGAAAAACCCAUCUUUAAUAUAGCUAUAUGGAGGAGACAUCCUACUUUUCUACUUAAAGAGUUAUUAAAAGUAUUUAAGAAAUACUAUAAAGAUAUAAAUGAAGUAAAUGUUCUGACUAAUAAUGGCGUAAUACAAUGUUUAAUUGAAUAUCCCUCUCUGUAUACUCUUAGUAUGGAGUUCCUUGUUCAACUUUGGAUUGAAACACAAUCAUUUCAAGCUUUAGAUUUCUUAUCACGGGUCAACUCUAUCUUUAUCAACCAACGUUCUUUAAAAGACAAUUAUAUAAGUCUGCAUAAAUAUUAUCCAAUUUCACUUAGAGAGUUAAUAAAGAUCUAUCAAGCAAAGUUUAACAGUCACCAAGAAUUCAGCUCCCUUAUCAAUAGAAUAAAUGAUACAAGAGUAUCUAUUAUCAACCACACACCAGAGGAUCUUAAAUCCGAUAUAUUUAAGAGUAUUUGGUUAUUGAAUGAGUUGGAUUUAAAUUUAUUAAACUAUAUUGUUUGGUGUAGAUACACUUGUAGCGAUACAGGAAGAGAAGGAGGUUAUCAUUUAUAUUUCCAUCAAUUUAAACUACUUAUAGGUGUAUUACAAUCUAAAGAAUCAACAGGUAAACUCUAA